CGAAAUGUCAUCACGUUCUCUAAGGGAAGAGGAUGGUGUAAUGUUUUUUCUCGAAUAAAUUUUAAUUUUCUACAAUGGAAGAUAAAAAUCAGGAAUCAAACAUAGGCGACACAUGUAAUUUAAAUGGGAACUGCUCACCGCCCACGAAGAAUAUCUCCAUCGACUUGAAUCAUGCAAAAAAUAUUGAUGACAUAUCAACUCCUUCCGAGUUAAAAUUCGACGAAGAUUUCGAAUUCGAAGAUCCAGAUGUGACUGCAAAACGUAAAGAAAUGGAAAAAUGUUUGGAAAACCCUGAUAUUGUGAACAUAGAAAAGUGGCAAAGUUUUGCAAAAAGCAAAGGAGGACUAAUAGCAGAUGAAUACAGGAGAAGAAUCUGGCCCCUGCUUGUUGGGGUAACUCGAGAUGAGAUGACGGAACCUCCUUCACUUGAUGAAUUGUCUACGCAUGUUGAAUAUAACCAAGUGGUAUUAGAUGUGAAUCGUUCACUGAAACGGUUCCCUCCAGGCAUUCCGUACGAGCAGAGAGUGGCGCUGCAGGACCAGCUCACUGUGCUCAUACUGAGAGUCAUCAUUAAGUACCCACAUUUGAAGUAUUACCAGGGUUACCAUGACGUGGCAAUAACAUUGUUGCUGGUCUGUGGUGAUAAAGCAUCGUUUCCAUUGCUGUGCCGGCUUUCGUACGGACCUACAGCUCCUCUGGCGCCGUUCAUGCAGACCACCAUGCAGCCUACACAGCAUUUGCUCAAUUACAUGUUGCCUGUCUUACGAAGAGCUGAUGAUAAGCUGGCCGAUUGCUUGGACAAGGCGGGCGUGGGCACGAUGUUCGCGUUGCCGUGGUACUUGACGUGGUUCGGGCACAGCCUGAACCGGUACUCUGACGUGGUGCGGCUGUACGACUACUUCCUGUGCGCGCCCCCGCUCUUCCCCGUGUACGUGACGGCGGCGCUGGUGCUGCACCGCGCGCCCGCAGUCUACGCCUGCGACGUCGACAUGGCCAUGAUGCACUGCCUGCUCUCCAGGUUACCAGAUGACUUGCCUUUCGAAGAUAUUUUGGUGACCGCUAAGAAGCUUUACGAUGAAAACGACCCGACCGACCUGGAAGCCGAAGUCGACGCCUUGGAGAGAAGAGAAGAGGAGCAACGCCGCUUGGACGAGGAGCGUCUCCGGCAACGUCGCGUGGAGCGCGCGGGUCGUAACCGCGCCGCUAACGGUGUGUUGGCGCGCCUACGCCGCGUGCUGCCGCGCAGCCCACUGGCGCGAGGCGCAGCGCUGGCGGCGGCGGCGGCGCUGCUCGCCGUCUACGCCUACUACAGGCCCGACCUCUUCACCAGAAGACGCGCAGACAAUCCGGACUUUGAGGGAUUUUAGGAAGCAAAUAAAACUAAUGUUUUGUACAAAUAUUAUAAUUUGUUUUUCAUUAUUACAUUACUCGCUUUGAAA